CCGUUUGAACAGUGUGGGUGAUGGUGGGUGUGCGACGAGUGAGACUUGCAGCGAUGCCAAUAGAAUAACAGAAGGAAAACCAGCAAAAAGGCUUGAAGUCUAAGCUUCGGGUCUUCCCAGGACAUUUUUUUUUUUUUAUUUCUUUCUUUUACAUUAAAAUAACUAUUUCUGCAGGAAUGUCAGGGAGGGGUUGGCCCCUACUACUGUUUCUUUCGGACCUUUGAGGUUCGGAGGUUGAGCCUCUCUCUCCCUCUCUCUCUCUCUCUCUCUCUCUCUCUCAUCUUCUCUGCUUGUUUACUUACCCUUAAUAUAUUGUCUCCUCUGUCUUGUAUGCUCUGUCCUCUUCUCUCUCUCUCUCUCUGCGCUGAGAAACAAUUCUUGAACUCUCAUUGACUACGCAACAGAUUAUAGAGUUCCUCCUGUUGUCUCCAAACCCAAUCUCAGGAUAUGAGCUGAUGAGCUACUUUCUCUCUUCGAUCUCUUCAUCCCCUCUCCCCUCUCUCUCUGCUAACUUCAACUACAUAAUUAAUCUUCUCAACUGGGCAUCAGGGAAAUUCGUUUUCUGGGUUGUGAGAGAGUAACUCAAAGGAUGCAUAUGUGCUGUGAUCUUGAAGUGGACGUCAAUGGACAAGAGAUUUUCAUGGUGGAUAAGAAAAUUCUUUCAUCAUUUUCAGGUAAAUUAAACAAAUUAUUUGGUAAAUCUACCGCAACAAGCAAUAACCUUAAAGUGAUAUUCCAUGACUUGCCGGGAGGGGCUCUGGGUUUUGAACUCAUGGCAAGGUUCUGCUACAACAAUGGUCAAAUUGAGAUAACCCCCUUUAACAUAUCUCUUCUACAUUGUGUGGCACAUUUCAUGGAAAUGACCAAAGAGAUCUCUGCGACUGACAAUUUGAUUGAACAAACUGAAGAAUUCCUAGAAGGGAUCACUCACUGGGCCUGGUCUGAGCUUUUGGUAGCUCUGAAACGGUGUCAGGAGUUUAUGCCAGAAGCAAUUUCUUCUGGGAUACUUCAGAAAUGCUUGGAUUCCCUCAUAACAAGGGUGGCUGCUUCUGCCACCGAAGCCAGUCCAUCUAUUUCUUCUUCAGACAGCUCUGGUUUCCGGUUUUCUUGUGAUACGAGAAGCACUGAAAGUUUGAAGAACAGCUACUCUCGGGUAAAUUGGUGGUUUGAAGAUCUUGCGAGUUUGAACCACUGUUUGAUUGAAAAGGCUUUUAGGGCUAUGGUUGCCCAGAAAUCCGAUCAUGUAAUUCUCAGUAGGUUCCUCUUCUAUUACCAAAAAUCAAGAUUUUCCAUUGCCAGAUCCACUGAGAAGCACAAAAUCAUAGAGAUUGUGGUUGAGCUGCUGUUUUUUCUAGACCUUAGCUCUGUUUCUUGCAAGAGCUUAUUUGAGAUUCUUCGGGUGGCUUUGAGAUUGAAUGUGAAUAAAUGUUGCCGAAACAGAUUAGAGAAUAUGAUUGGUUCACAAUUGCAUCAAGCUACACUUGACAGCCUGCUUAUUCCAUCCCCACCUGGGAUGGAUUAUCUAUAUGAUGUGAAUUUGGUACUGAGAUUCUUGAAAUCAUUUCUCAGUAAGGGAGACUGUUGUGCAUCAUCCACUCAAUUGAGAAAAGUUGCAAGCUUGAUGGAUUUGUAUAUUGCAGAAGUAGCCCCUGAUCCCUGUUUGAAACCUUCAAAAUUCAUUGCGUUAGUCACGGCACUGCCUGAUUCUUCAAGAGACUCCUGUGAUGGAAUCUACCGAGCCAUGGAUAUGUAUCUAGAGGUUCAUACUAAAUUAUCUGAAGAGGAAAAGAUGAAGAUCUGUUGUGCACUGGAUUAUGAGAAGCUCUCAUCAGAAGCUCUCAAACACCUGGCUAGAAACUCAAAAUUCCCAUCAAGAACAGUGGUCCAAGCUCUCAAGUUACAGUAUAGUUACAGCAACAAUCUCAAAUCUUUUGGUGAGUUACCUUGUAGUUACAGUGAGAAGGGAAUUAAGGGGAAGGAAGCUGAGAAAGAUGAGGAACUUAUGCUUUAUACAAGGAAGCUCGAUGUUUUAGUGGAGAAUGAGAAAUUCGAAACACAUUUAAAAGGAAUGGAAUGGAGGGUGAAGGAGUUGGAGAAAGUCUGUAGGAAAAUGCAGGUCCAGAUGGAAAAAAUGAUGAAGUCAAGAUUAUCAAGCCCAAGUAGUGCCAGAUCCUUACCUAAAAUGUGUUCAUGAUUAUUUUUUUUAGUGCCAGAUCCUUACCUAGGAUGUGUUCAUGAUUAUUUUUUUUUCUUCUUAUUACCAAAUUAUGGGGGCUGCUUUCAUA